AUGCAGAGUGAAAGAGACAUUAGAGAUGGGGUUUCUCGGUCACGUGACUUGUUAGAUAGUUUUCAGGGCUUUGGGUCCCGUAGAAGUAUGUUUCCUAGCCUCUUUGGUGGAAGGGAUCCAUUUGACGAUCCCUUCUUCAGUCGGCCGCUUGGUAGCAUGUUCGAAUCUAGCAUUUUUGGUCCUAGAGCCGCUUCUAGUGGUACACCGCAGGGCGGUAGAGCCAAUGAAUUAUUAGUAGAAGAACUGAAUUCUGAUGAUGAGGGAGGGGAAGAUAAAGUUACUGAGGAUGGGAGAGAUAAUUGUGGAAAGCAAUAUGUUUCAAGCAAAGAACCAACUAUUGAGCAUCCGGAUGAUGUUGUGGAUGAUAGGAAAAGCAAGGAUGUGACUUGUAGAAAUGACCGCAACAAGGUGGAAGGUGAACAGUCCCAGGGUCGUAGUUUCUCUGCCCAGACUUGCAGAGUCACAUAUGGUGGUGUAGAUGGAGCAUAUUACACUUCUACAAGAACCAGAAGGGCAGGCGGUGAUGGUGUGGUGCUUGAGGAGAGCAAAGAAGCAGAUAGAACAACUGGUCAAGCAACACACAGAAUCUCGAGAGGACUUCAUGAUAAGGGUCAUUCUGUUACAAGGAAGCUUAAGUCGGAUGGAAAGGUGGAUAUGUUGCAAACUUUACACAAUUUGAAUGAAGAUGAUCUUCCUGGCUUUGAAGAAGCAUGGACCGGUAAUGUUAAAGGACACUUACCUGGUUGGAGAGGUGAAUUUAAUAUGCAUGGUAAUGCUGGUUCAGGUAGCAGACAACAGAAGGGAAAUGCAAUUUGGGGAGCUGGGCUGCUUCCAUCUGCAGAGCAAGCGCAAAGCGUCAGAGGAAAUGGAUCAGACAAUGCAACCAGAGCUACCUCCGAUGGGAGAACCAAAAGGGUUGUUAGAAUCAACAUAGACUAA